UCCUCACUUCUUCCUCACGCGUCUCCCAAGUUUCACCGGUCAAUCUCCUCUCUCCUAUCUUCCAGCCCUCCGAGCCAAGUAAGCUCUCUUCUCUUGUCCUCAGCUUUCCUUUUGUUCUCCAUUCUUCCUUCCGGUAAAUGUCUUCCUCCAACAGUCAGGAUAUUUCCGCCUCGGAUGCCUACGCAUUCGAGGAAUCCCCAUCUUCUUCCUCCUCCACCGGGUCAUCUUCACCCGAUUUUGUACACCGGUCGGUUUCCAACACCACCGCCCCUGAACCGCAACCGGUUAACCAAAUGCCCGGUCAGGUUUUUCAGGAGAGGGAUGAUCCGGUUGAUAAUGAGCCCGCCCCCUAUGACCCUGAUAACGAGUCAUAUGAGGGAUGGGUGAACCGGCUGGAAGCGGCCAGUUACCUUCCCCUCCUCACUGGCUACCCUCUUGACAUCUAUCCUCGGGUCUCUAAGAUUGCUCAAAAUAAAGCCCGUAGGAAUCUCCCGGAGGGGUAUGUUCUUGAGUACGACCCCAGUUGGCCCAACAUUAUCGAGCCUCACCGGGAUGAUAGGGUAGGUUUCCAUAUCAUUUCUUUGGAAAGUGGCACCGUCUUCCCCCUGCGUCCCCUUUUGGUUGAGUUAUGCCACUGCUUUAAGAUUUUUCUUGGGCAAAUUACGCCCAAUGCUCAUCGCUUCCUUAACGCCUUUGUGAACAUCUGCGUUGAGCUUAAGAUCGAACCCUCCCUCCGUCUAUUUCUCUUUUUGUUUGAAGUCCUUCCCGGUAAAUCGGGUUGUGACGGUUACGUCUACUUCAAAGGCCGUAACGGUCGUCAAUUUAUCUCCGACCUUCCACAAAGCAACCGGCAGUGGAAGGAAAAAUUUGUUUUUAUAAAAUUCCCCACCGUUUCUCCUUUGGCCGGCAUAAAGUGGAACGAUCACCUCCUGAAACCGCAAUACACUCAGUCGGCUAGCGCUCCAGACUUGGAAGAAAGUUUGGAGAAACUUCUACAAGGGGACACGUUCACCGGGCAAAUGUUCCAUUACGGGGCUUGGAUUUGGAGGAUCUCACUGGGUGGCACGGAUACCCCCAGGGCUGAUGAAGCAGUGGGGCACGGGGUACCCGCCCCGGGUAACACUGCGGAGGCUGGGGGUUGCAGUCACCCAGAGAUAAACUUCAGAGCAUUUAACAUCCCGACGAAGAAGACCGGUGGUUCUUCCUCUGCCGCCCCCAAAACUGUAUCAGUCCAACAGGAACCGGUGGAGAUCCAUUCUGACGAGGGGUCUCCUCCGACCGGGAGGACCACGGCAAACCCUCCCCUGGACAAGGGGAAGGGAAAAGUUCGGACCAAGCAUGCCGCCACUACCCAUCCGUCAGCGAAGAGGAGAAGGGGAGAAAACGCCCCGGCUUCAGAGUCGUUAGAGGAGCUUUGGGUCAAGAUGGGGCGAAAGCUGAAAGAGAUGGGUGAGGUUGGGCUUGAAACCUUGGAGAGGCUUGCCGAGGACUCCCCUUCCCGGUCACUUCAGCUGGAGGAAAAACUGAAGAGGCUUGAAGCUCAGAACCGGGAGCUUCAAGACCUGACAACCCGGCAACUUGACGAGAUGGCCAACCUCUCGGCGGUUGCCGGUAGGGCGAACGCGGAGGUCCUCCAGCUGAAAGAGGAGAACACGCUGCUGAUGGGGGAGGUCUCCCACCUAAAGGAGGAGGCAUGGGUGAAGGAGCAAGAGCUGCCUGGUCGGGCCAGACAGUGGAUGGAGGAGAACCUGGCAGAGGCUGCCCGGGUGCUUACUUCCUCUGAGGAGAGGACGAUGGAGGGCUUCAAGCUUCUGCAUCGGGAGGACCAUGGGAAGGAGAUGAUCACCCAAAUCGGCUCCUAUGGUUUCAUGUCAGGCCAAAAAAGAGACCGGGAGGCCACCCAUGCGAUCCUCACUGACCGGGACCCGAACUUCGACGCUGAUUCAUAUGGCCUGGCCCCCAUCCCGGAUGAAGAACCUGCACCUCCUUUUCCUCUCGAGUAAUCUUCCCGGCGGCGACCGGUUGAAUUGUUCUGUAAAACUUCAAACUCAUUUCCCCGGGAAUGCCCGGUGUAGCUGUAAAACACUUGACUUUUUUGUUCUGCUUUAAUGCAAUGCUUCAUUUCCAUACCGGUUAGUCUUCCAUAUCUGCUUGCUUCUUGAUUGAUACUUCGUUAUUGCUCCUUAGAAUACCAUCAUAGAAAUUCUGACUGGUACAUAAAUCAGGCCACUUCUC